UUCAUGGAGGCCACUCUGCAUGUUGGCUAUGCUUUGCUGGAUAAGGCUUUGAUACCGGACUUUAUAAUGUGCGCUGUGAUACACGCUCUAUGCCGGCAGAGGUUGCGUGAAAUUGACCACGGCUUGUUCGAGGCCAAUCAUGCUGUGAAGAUGGAAUGGAUUGAGCGGGUGCGAGCAAGAGAUAGCAUCACAGAUCAUACGAAGAAAGCGAAUGAGCAUCAUUAUGAGGUGCAAAGUGUGUCGAUAAUACGUCAAGCAUGCUAA